GCAUAUUGUUGUAUCAUUCAAAGAAGUCAAGACACUUGAACCUAGUUCCCAGCUCGUCUAUCAUCUAUUUCCAUCAAAUCUGCUACAUUUUCUGGGGAGAGAGAUGGACUCUAGCCUUUUGCAACGUCAAGUUGCCUACACCAAGAGGUGCUUCUUUGAGCAGGGUUAUCUUGAUCGUGAUCAGUUCACUCAGCUUGAAGAAUUGCAGGAUGAUACAAACCCAAAUUUUGCCGAAGAAAUUGUGUCAUUAUUCUACAAUGAUUCGGCCAGACUCAUCCGGAGCAUUGAACAAACUAUGGUCAGUAAGCCUACGGAUUUUGAAAAGCUUGACAACUACAUGCACCAGUUCAAGGGAAGUAGCUCUAGCAUUGGAGCCAAUAGGGUGACAGAAGCAUGCUCACAGUUUAGAGAAUACUGCUUGGCAGGAAAUCUUGAAGGAUGCAUAAGAAGUUUCCAGGAAGUAAAACAAGAGCAUGAAAUUCUGAAGAAGAAGCUUGAUACCUAUUUCCAGCUAGCUAGACAAGCUGGGAAGAAAGGCUGAGAAGGUGGGAGUCACCAAAUUGGGCAUUGGAUGAUAAGAUUAUGCGAAUGAGCCCUACACAGCUUUCAUCUUGUCAUUCAUAAGCGUCCACAUACACACUCUUUUCCAAUGUUGUAUUGUAUUGUAUAAUUCUCUCCCUAAUUAAAUCUCUUGUUGUUACUCUUUCCAAAAAUAUAUGUAUAUAUAUAUAUAUAUACAACACUUUUUACAUAUAUCGU